CGGGCGGUCGGCGGCGGCGGCGGCGCCCGUGAGCGGUGCCUCCUUCCCCCGUGCGCGCUCCCGUCACCCCCGCGCGCGGCCGCGCCGCCAGCCGCCAAGAUGGCGUCGGCCCUGGAGCAGUUCGUCAACAGCGUCCGGCAGCUCUCGGCCCAAGGGCAAAUGACCCAGCUUUGUGAGCUGAUCAAUAAGAGUGGAGAACUGCUGGCAAAAAACCUUUCCCAUCUGGAUACAGUGCUUGGUGCCCUGGAUGUGCAGGAGCACUCAUUAGGUGUUCUGGCUGUCUUGUUUGUGAAGUUUUCUAUGCCCAGCAUCCCUGACUUCGAAACGUUAUUCUCACAGGUGCAGCUUUUUAUCAGCACUUGUAAUGGAGAACACAUCAGAUAUGCAACAGACACUUUUGCUGGCCUGUGCCACCAGUUAACAAAUGCCCUUGUGGAGAGAAAACAGCCCCUGCGAGGAAUUAGCAUUCUCAGACAAGCCAUAGACAAGAUGCAGAUGAACACAAACCAGCUGACCUCAAUACAUGCAGAUCUCUGCCAGCUCUGUUUGUUAGCAAAAUGCUUUAAACCUGCCCUCCCGUAUCUAGAUGUGGACAUGAUGGAUAUUUGUAAAGAGAAUGGGGCAUAUGAUGCGAAGCACUUUUUAUGUUACUACUACUAUGGUGGGAUGAUAUACACUGGGCUAAAGAACUUUGAAAGAGCACUCUACUUUUAUGAACAGGCAAUAACUACUCCAGCCAUGGCAGUCAGUCAUAUUAUGUUGGAAUCGUAUAAAAAGUAUAUUCUAGUUUCUUUGAUACUACUUGGCAAAGUUCAGCAACUACCAAAAUACACUUCCCAGAUAGUUGGUAGAUUCAUUAAGCCCCUUAGCAAUGCUUACCAUGAACUAGCACAAGUUUAUUCAACCAAUAAACCCUCGGAGCUUCGAAACCUGGUGAACAAACACAGUGAAACAUUCACAAGGGAUAACAAUAUGGGGCUGGUUAAGCAAUGCUUGUCAUCUCUCUACAAAAAGAAUAUUCAGAGGCUAACCAAGACGUUUUUAACAUUGUCAUUACAAGACAUGGCAAGUCGAGUGCAGUUGUCGGGGCCCCAAGAAGCCGAAAAAUACGUCCUCCACAUGAUAGAAGAUGGUGAAAUCUUUGCAAGUAUUAAUCAGAAGGAUGGUAUGGUCUGUUUCCAUGAUAAUCCUGAAAAAUAUAACAAUCCAGCUAUGCUCCAUAACAUUGACCAGGAGAUGCUGAAAUGUAUAGAGCUUGAUGAACGACUGAAAGCCAUGGAUCAAGAGAUCACUGUGAACCCUCAGUUUGUGCAGAAGAGUAUGGGCUCUCAAGAGGAUGACUCAGGGACCAAACCAUCCAGUUAUUCUUGAAAUUAAUGUUGCUCACCACUCCGCUUUCAAGUAAAAGCUUAUGAAAGAAUCCCGCCUGGAACAGGGCAUUGAGGAGUUCCACGAAGAGAGCAGAGAGAACUGAGCUUUGCUUUUCACCUGGACAUUAAGAACAUAAAAGAACACCCUCUCAGUACUGUAUAAUAUCAGAAAUAUUCUCUGCAAAGAAAAAGGAAAUCUCAAAACGAAACGUAAAAGUCUGUUGUGGAUUUAUUUAUCUUCAGAUUAACAUCGUUAAUGCAUUAAAUAAUCUACCUUUUGUUUUAAAGGGUUUGAAUGUUGCUGUGUUUCUGUAGCAGUCCUUUAUUUCCCUUCUGCGAAAGAAAAGUGUUAUUCAGGGAAGAAUACAAACUAGUGUUGGUUCACAUCCAA